UUCGUGCUCCGUACAGUUGAUUAAUUUCUGUAUGUGGAACAAUUUUUGGCUUUUAGCCUAUAACAUUCAAAGAUACAGCAAACAUAAAAAAAACAUCUCAGAGUAAAAUAAAUUUAACUUCAAGGAAAAUAAUUCGAGUUACUCAAUAAGAUGUCAACCCGACCAUCAAGCGAGUCUGUGUUUUUUACGGAUGACUCUACCGAGUCCUCAGAUAGUUCAAAAGAGGAAAUCGACGAACACAGAAGUAAUGUAUCUAAAAUUUUUACAAAGAAAGAAGAAAGACGGUUGCUGAAAAAGCUAGUAGGAAAUAAACAGUCAGUUUGCGUUUGCAAAUCUUGCUCGAUAGAUCGUCUGAAACGUUCAGCUUAUCAAGCAGCUCGUGAAAGAAAGAAAUCAUAUCCUAAGUCGUGGAAUAAGAAUAGGCAAGCGGAAUCACAAUGGAUGAGGAAAUUUGAAGUAAGGCAUAAGAAAAUAAUUUCCAAACUUUCUCUUGCUUGUAAAGCGGGAUUAUCUCAGGUAUCGAUAAGUCAACAGCAAUCUUCAAGUAAAGAAAAUUUGACACCUCAAGAGGAACAACCAUUAUCGGCAGACACACUGACAAAUGAAAAGUGUGUAACAACAAGAGUGCCACUUUCAACUUAUAAUUUAGAUCAUGAUAGAAAAGCAGUUCAUCCAGACUCGUGUGAUACAAAUAAGUUCAAUUGGCCGAAAUCUAUACAAAAGUACAAAGAUGAAAUUUCAAAAUUUUGUCUUGAUUACGCGGAAAUAAGAAGAUCAUCUCAGAAGUCGACGAACAAACAACAAUCUGUGCUUAAAAACAUUUUGAUAUCUCAAGAAAAACAAUCGUUACCGACGGACGUAUUGACAAACGAAAAUAACGAUAGCCUGAUGAUACCAUCAGCUCCAUCUUAUUUAGAUCAUGAUAGAAGGACAACUUCAGAUUCGAUUGAUAAUGAUGAACAAACAGAAUUAAAACGGAUGAAAGGUUUAGCAAAAGAACCCGAAUGUGAAAUUUUAAAAUGUGAAUUUGAUUGCACAACAGGAUUAUCUCAGUCAUCGACGAACCAACCACAAUCUGAGUAAUUGCUAAACCAACCACACAAUGUCUUAUAAAUUUAAUUAAAGAAGUUAAGACAUUUCGAGAGAAAUUUUCACACUUCUAAAAUUGUUAAUGAAAUUGAUUUCCGUUGCUU